AUGCCCAAAGCAGCAACAAGACAUACACAAUCGCAAGCAGCUGAAUAGUCUACUUCAGAGCUCAAACACAAAAGCUGAGACAAACUCAAAUGGCUGCCUCCUACUUUCUGCUCGCAGCUUUUCUAGCGAUGGUCACUUCUCAAGCCAUUGCUUCCGACCCUGGCCCGCUCCAGGACUUUUGUGUUGCCGACAUACACUCUCCUGUGAAGGUCAAUGGAUUUGUUUGCAAGGACCCCAUGGCCGUGAACGCAGAUGACUUCUUCAAAGCAGCCAACCUUGAUAAGCCUAUGGACACCAAGAAGAGCAAGGUUGGAUCCAAUGUCACUUUGAUCAAUGUCAUGCAGUUGCCUGGACUCAACACACUAGGCAUCUCAUUGGCCCGCAUUGACUAUGCGCCGUUAGGUCAGAAUCCACCACACACCCACCCACGUGCCACAGAGAUCCUCACCGUGCUCGAGGGGACCCUGUAUGUUGGAUUUGUCACCUCGAACCCAAACAAACUGUUUGCAAAGGUGCUCAACAAGGGUGAUGUGUUUGUAUUCCCACAAGGGCUCAUCCAUUUCCAAUUCAACCCUGUCUAUGACAAGCCAGCAGUUGCUAUUGCCGCGCUAAGUAGCCAGAACCCUGGGGCUAUUACCAUCGCAAAUGCGGUUUUUGGAUCAAAGCCACCGAUCUCAGAUGAUGUCUUGGCCAAGGCAUUCCAGGUGCAAAAGGGGACAAUUGAUUGGCUCCAAGCUCAAUUCUGGGAGAAUAACCACAACUAAAUAUAGUUAGUGUUUUGGCUUUGUUGUACUAAGUGUAUGCUUUGCAUGCGUUUUGCAUAUUGCUACAUGUUUUGAGUUUUAUAUGCUACGAUCAAUAAAAUAAAUGGUGAGUGCUUAUUACUUGCA